AUGGAACUGAUUCAGGGUUUGAUCCAGCCGCCGAAAGUACAAUCAGUAGAUGAGACGAUACCGACGCUAAGUGAUCGAGCAGAGAGUGCAACGCUGAUCGGCGACAGAAGAUCUGCCGUGUUGGGCCUUAAAGCAUUCAGUCGCGAUUAUAGGGAAGCUGUGAUUGCAUCUGGGUUGAAACCGCUAUUGAACACUCUAAAACGCGACUUCGAGGAUGAAUCUACGCUGAAGGCGAUUUUGGAAACCCUCUUGAUCCUUUUCAUCAGAGGAGAUGGCAACACUGAUCUGACACGUAGCUGGAUUUCGCAGCAAUCGCGUCUGCAAAAUGGAAAGUAUCCAUCGCCGCUUCUGAUGAAGCAGGAAAUGCAACAGGUGGACCAGUUUUCUCUGUGGAUCGCAGACGCGAUCACGCAAUCGGAUGAGAUCGUUCAUCUGAUCCUGGAGCUCUUAGAGACGGAGAAUUUCCAUAUCAGACUGUAUGCGAUACAGUUACUGGAGGCAGUUGUGGCGACUAGACCGUUGAGAUCGCGCAAUGCUAUCAACUCGCUGCCUACGGGGAUCUCGACGCUCGUUUCGCUGCUGGACGACGCACAUGACGUGGUCAGAGAUGAAGCCGUGUUGCUACUGAUGGCUGUCGUCAACGACUCACCUCAUGUCCAGAAGUUGGUGGCUUUUGAGAACAUCUUUGACAGGUUAUUUUCCAUUAUAGACGAGGAAGGCGGAUUGCGUGGGUCGUUGGUGGUUAGCGACUGUCUGUCGCUUAUCAACAACAUUUUGAAGUUUAACACGUCUAAUCAGAGCCUGUUUCUUGAAACAGGUAACUUACCCAGGCUGGCGCGUAUUCUGGAUGAACCCUUGUCGGAGGAAGAUUUCUUGUGGAAUGAUCAGAGAAUCAUCAAUAUUAAAACGGCUAUGGAUAUUGUAAGUUUAACAGUGGAACCUGGUAGCACCGCUACCAGAAACAACCAGACUCGUCUUCUAGAAGCAAACAUUCUGAUGAUCGUACUGCGUUUAGCGUUUUAUGACGGAACACCAAAGAGGGUGAGACCCAUCGCAUUGCUCACGGCAGCAUGUAUCAUUAGUGGCAAUGAAGUCAGCCAAAGAGAAUUUGGUAAGAUUGAUGUUCCAUUUUUUGAUCCUGCUUCUCCAACCUCAUCAUCAGCUGAAGAGGCUACGCUUGUUCCAGUCGUCAGACUGCUGGUUCAUUGGGUUCUUUUCACAAACUCCGUGCAAGUGUUCCAAAUAAGAGUAGCAUCACUGGAGUUGAUAAAGGCGUAUCUAUAUGAUAACCUCGCUAUUCAGGAGAAGUUCCUAUCUCAGCAGAUUGGAGCCUAUGGUGAAGUAAGCAAUGGCCAAGAAAAAGAUGAUCACCUUAAUGCUAACUUACUCGAAGCAAUUUUAGACUAUGACCCAGAUCUCAAACUUAAUCCUUUCAAAGUCUUCUUCGCGGCUGAUCUCUUCAUGUUUCUUUUCCAGACUGACAACAAGGCCAGCGACAAAAUGAGGGAGCUAAUGCUUCACGUUAAAACUGGGACUGAAGUUGAUGGUGUAGAGGCUUUGAGCUCUGUUCAAGCUUUAAGCGAGCUUUUAUUAGCUUCUUUAUCAUCGGAGGACAUCCGCAUACCUAUAUCAUACGUCACUUUGCUGAUAUUCUGGCUUUACGGUGACCAAAAAGCUGUAGAUCAGUUUCUUUCCCAGAGAUCAAUUGUUCAAUCACUUUCUUCGUUUUGCUACCAGCUUCAAGACGACGAUGCUACGAUCAAGUGCUUGGUGACAAUGCUUCUUGGUGUUUCAUACGAGUUUUCCUCGCAGGCAUCUUCAUUCGCAAGGAAGGACUACUACGAGUACCUGACGAAGACUUUAGGCCAAGACAAUUACCUAUCGAGGAUUAAUCAGUUCAAAGAAAAAUCGCUAUUAAAUGAGGAGCAGAGCACAGGAACUGUUCUCACGGCAGCAAUUGACGAGACUGGCUUACCCCAGGUUUACUUCAGUCCCAUUUUUAUACACUUCUUUGCUGCUAACAGCUACCGAAUCAAGACCGCUUUGUUACAUAAGCCAGAGGAAGAGCCUUUACUCAAGUUAUCUUUCGAGCUAUUUGAAGAAUUGCAGAAUGAGUGUUCGGCAGUGAAGAAGAGAAUUUCCUCUCUAGAGGAGGCCAGCAGGGCUAAGAUUGAUCAGCUAACGAUUGAAUAUAAUGAGCUUGAGAAAGCUUAUGAUUUGUGCAAAGAGCAAAGAACAGCGGCUGAUGAAAAGUAUUCAUUUUUGACCCAGAAAUCUGACAGGAUGGAAAAAGAUCUUGCAGAGGCUGUUAGUACCAUUAAUUAUCUGAAAGAGCAGGAAAGCAGGCUCACGAAUUGGAAGGAAGAAAAAAUAAAGGAAAUCAAGGAUAAAGAAUCGAAGCUCAAUGAACUUAAGGAAAAAUCAUCGCUGCUUGAAAAAGACUUGAAGAACAUCAGAACUGAAAAGGAAAAAGCUGAAAAUGGAAUCAAUAAAAUGAACCGCGAGCUUCUGAAACUUACCAAAGAAAACGAAAAGCUACAGAAGACAAUCGAUGAACUCGAUAAGGCAAAAAACAAAGCGUCAAAAGAUCUAGAAGGAAAGCAGAGAGAUCUAGAGGACAUGAAAAGACAGUACCAAAUUUUACAAGAACAAAAUCAAAAAUCGCUGGUGGAGAUUAACGAAUGGGAAGGUAAGUAUCGCGCUCAUGACCAACUAGUAUCAAAGCUGACUGAAAAACUAAGAUCAGUAGCAGAGAGCUUUCAGGAAACCCAAAAAGAGCGGGAUGACCUUCUCAUUACGGUCGAGUCAUUACAGGCGAAACACGAUCAAUCUUUGGCCAAAUGCAACGAGGAACUUAGCGCAUUAUCAAGCAAGCAUUCUGAUUUGAUACAUAGUCAAGAGCAAAAUGUUUUGCAGCUUGAGCAGCUGAGGCGAAAGGUUAAAGAGCUGGAGGAUGAAAAAAAGUCUAACUCUCUUUCCUUGGCUGACCGAGAGUCCAACAUAACUAAACUGAAUCAAGAGCUACAGAGCUUAACCAAUCAGAAACAGCUCUUGGAAAAGACUAACGAUGAGUUGAAAGAAAGCAUUGCGGAAAACGAGUCUUCUAACAAAGAAACUAAUGGAGUGCUGGCGAGGCUCCAAAAAGAUUUGCAGUUAUCUGAGGAAAAGGUAACGAUUUUAGAAAGCAAAAAACAAGCAGCAGAAAAUCUUGUUCAAACCCAUCAACAUGAAUUGGAAGAAGCCUUGAAAUCUUUAAAGGCGCUGCAAGAUGAAUGUAAAUAUAAGGCUGAGACUGUCACUUCAUUGGAAAACGAAAUUAAGAACAAGCAAACAACCCAUGCUCUAGAUAUUGAAAAAUACAAAAGUGAGCUCGAAACCCUCAGGAAGGAAGGAGCAAAGAUAUCUUCUCUUGUUAGUGAUCUGAAGAAAACAGUUGCCGGUGCAAAACAAGAAUAUGCCAAAUUGGAGCAUGAACUACAGAGAACAAAGCAAGAUCAGAAGAACCAGCAAGAAAAAUCGUGCAAAGAAAUAGCUCAGUUGAAUACUAUCAUCGAAAAUCUAAAGAAGGAAGCCGAAGAGCUGCGAGCUAAAUUGAAGCAAACCAAAGAACAAAAGGAUAUCCUUGACAAGGAUCUAAGAGCAACAAAAGAACACGAAAGUAGUCUGGUCACUGAAGUGGUUUCGAUCAAGGCAAUCAUGGAGGAAAAGAAUGCUGCUUUGGAGGAGCUUGAAAAAGCCCAAAGUGAUGCUCUCGCUGGAAUGCAGCAGCCAAAGCAAAAUGCGAAAAGAAUGACGAAAAAAUCCGGUUCAGAGGUUCAGGAUCAGCAAGCUGCGCUCCAAAAAACGACCGAAGGUGUUGAGACCAAAGGAAACAUUUGUGAAGAGGGCUCCAAUUCAGUUACAGAAAAAUACUCACAAGAGAUAAGCGCCUUAGAGAGCAAGAUCGAUAAAGUUGAGCGAGAAUACGAAAACGCCAAAACUCAACUUGAACUGUAUCAAAGCAAUUUCGCACAACUGAAAUCUGAAUCAGAAAAGUCUCUUAAAGAGAGACAGGACAAAAUUCAGACGCUAGGCCAUGAGAAUGCUAAUUUGAGAGAGAAAGCUGAAAAAACUGAUCAAGAGUGCCGAAAACUGAAAGAAGCAACUGGAAAGGAGAGAGCAGAACUGAAAGCCAAGCUCCAUGCACUAGAACGCACUAUCGAUGAAAGGACAGAAGACAACAAAGUUUUGCAGGAUGACUUGGAAAAGAUGAAAGGCGAAAUCACAAAGGGGCUUGAUUCAAAGGUGGAAGCUUUGAAAAAGGAUCGAUUUACCCUAGAGCAAAAGGUGAAAAAAUUGACAGCUGAUAAUCUAGAGAAGGUUCAGAGCUUGCAAUCCCAGCUUGAUACACUAUCAAAAGACAACAACGGAAUGAAAGCGGAGUUGGACGGGUUCUUAAAUUUGUUGACAGAAAAUGCAACCAUCGAGAACGGAAAUAUCGAUCUGAAGGAGCGAUUGAAACGAUUGAAGGAUAAAGUGGCGGCCGGUGAACAGAUUUCAGUCAAGCAUAAGAAUGUCAUCGCUGAACAUGAGAACCAAAUAAAUUCGCUGACCGACAGAAAUGCAUCAUUGAGCGCUGAAUUAACAUCAAAAGAAAGCGAAUUGUCGCAACUUAAACUGUUACUUGAGACCAAGAGCAAAGAAGCGGAUGAUUUGCAAGAAACCAAGCUCUCCGAGAUGCAAGAACUAAGAGAGCAGCUGGUUGCUCUGAAGAAUCAGAAUGAAGAGCUACUUAAUAAGAGCAAAAACAACAACGAGAUCGACGAUCUAAUGCUUUUGGUUACAGAUCUGGACGAGCGAAACGCCCGAUACCGUGAGCUGUUGAAAAACAAUGGAAUCGACUUGCCAAGUGAUAUUGAUGAAGAUGAAGAUGAAGAUGAAGAAGAAGAGGAAGAUGAAGAAGGAGGUGAGGAUAGUAGUGAUAGUCAAGGCGGUGAUGAUAAAUAA